AUAUCGCAUCGGUGCGGAAAGAAAUGCAAACGCCCCUCCCUCAUGGAAGCUUCCCAUCGGCAAUUAGGAAGCUCACUGCGAAGCUAUCCCUUCUCGCCUCAACCCAAAGCCUAAACUCAUCUGCUUCGAUCAGAUUUCUACUAUUAUACAUGUAUAUAAAUAGCUGCUUUCCAUCCAUCAUUUCGGCCACAAUGGAAUUGCUCGACAGUGGAGUUCUUGCCGCUGCCGUCGCCGUAACCAAAAUCUCUCCUGCUGGAAACGCCGGCGGCGCUUUUCCCAGCGUCUAUAUGGAAGAUAAUGAUUCUUCCUUCGACCUCUCUGAAUACUUUCUAGCUGAUGAAGAUGCGCCACCCCCACAUGCCCUGCCGGAUCUCUCUGCAGCUGCUCCUACGGUCCAUUCGUCUGAACAAAGUUUGUUUCCUCCGGCCGUGACAAAGGACAAUAACAGAAGGGAUACGUUGCCCAUAUUGCCAAGGAUGGAAGAAGGUUCUCGCAUAGCAUUCAGGAUUCAGACAGACGUGGAGAAUUUAGACGAUGGCUAUAAGUGGCGGAAGUACGGCAAGAAAUCCGUAAAGAAUAGCCGAAACCUAAGAAACUAUUACCGAUGCUCAACUGAUGGAUGUUUGGUAAAGAAAAGAGUGGAGAGAGAUCACGAAGACCCCAGCUAUUUGGUAACCACGUAUGAAGGAAUUCAUAAUCACACCAGCCCAGGGAUUGUGUACUAUGCCAAGCAAGAUAGCGUGUCGGGCCGAUUUCACUUAUCUGGUUCAUGGAGCUGUUAGUCGUAUGAUGAGGCGUCAUCUUUCUUAAGUUUAGAGUAGGGUUUAGGGUUUUUACAAUCAACAUGAAUGCAUGUUCUUUUUUCCAUGUUUUUACUGAGAAAGUUUUGACGGAGCUAGGGUUUUGGCUGAGCCUGAGCAGACUGGGUCGUUAGUCUUCGGUCGGUGCAGAAAACAAGAUGUAAUGUAUCUUAUGAAAGGCAACAAACUUGCCAGAUUAGCAAGUUACUUGUAGUGUAAUUAAGCUUAUUUCUGCUGCAUGCAGGUGGUUUGCAUGAGUGUCCCUUAUGAAUAUGGAAGUCAAUUUAAUUUUGAAUCAUGAUGGCCGAAAGAAUAUAUUAAUGGCAUGUUAUAUCUUUUC